CUCCCAUUUGUAAUUCAUCCAAACUUCAGGGGAUUGGGACAACCUGAGAUCUCCCAAGUGAAACCACUGGGUCUGUCUCACUGAGCUUGGAAGUGGCUGGGACCUGGGACAACAGCCAGGGAUGCUGGCUCCUUCUCCAAGGAGCCCCAGCCUUGUGGCCAUGGCCUGCCAGGCCUGGGGGGUGCACUGGCCCCCUCCCACUGACACACAGAGCUGGGAACCCACAUGGGGGAGGGUGCAAAAGGAGACCCAGGCUCUGGGGUCCCUGCUGGGCUCAAAGCCCUGACUGAGAGCAAGCAGCAAAGUGUCCUGGCCUCAGGCACCCGCCCUGUGAGGCAGCGUGAUGACACCUCACCACUUAGGGGCCUUUCUCCUGGAGUCAGUGAGCUCUCCAAGUUAUACCUGAGACCCCAGGACACACCCUCAGCCAUCAGGAGCUGGCACGAUUACUCCUCAGAGCUGAGGCCUCGGCCAGCCUGCCCCCCGAUCUGGCCCCGUCCCCAGCUGCCUUGUCUCUCAGAGACCUUGGUCCUCUGCUCUGUGCCUGCAGUGAGGCAUGGAGGGUCUGCAGGACAGUGGUGUCCCCCACUGAGGUCUGGUGCUACUCAGACAGGAUCACACUGAGUUCUCUCAGCUGCUCCAGAGGGGCACCGCGACCCCAUCCAGAUGUGGCUGCACCACUGGUCAAUGGCUGGGUUCUGCACGGGCUGUUCUGGCCCCAAGCGCAGUCUCAGCCCUGCUCUAUGCCAUCAGAGCCAACAACCAGUAGUGUUGGCCCCUCAACGUCCACUUGCACCCAGAUCUGCAGCCUGCCCGCCUGGCCCUCCAAGCAGCCUCUUUCCAGAGAGUUGAGCCCUCCUCCCCCGGCCCCCGGGGAGGGCAGAGGGCCCAGCAGUGGGAGGGGAAGUGGGCCUGAAGUCACCCACACACAAACACUGCCCCCAGCGAGCCCUCAGGUGGGUGGCAGAAGCCGGUACGAUGGUUCUAGCUCAUGCCCUCCCCCCUCCCCCUUCCCCGGCUCCCAGACCAUGAAUUUCCAGGUGACAGGCCUGGGCCUGGACAAAAUGAAGCUGGACAGCCCCCAGUCCUUCCUGGACCAGGAGGAGGCAGAGGAGGCUGAGGACAGGCAGCUGCUGGAGCCCGAGGCCUGGCGGACCUACGUGGAGCGCCGCAACGCUCUGCGUGAGUUCCUGACCUCAGACCUGAGCCCCCAGUUGCUCAAGCGCCACCAUGCCCGCAUGGAGCUCCUCAGAAAGUGCUCCUACUACAUCGAGAUCCUCCCCAAGCCCCUGGCCCUGGGUGACCAGAACCCGCUGGUGCUGCCCAGUACCGUGUUCCAGCUCAUCGACCCCUGGAAGUUCCAGCGCAUGAAGAAGGUGGGCACAGCCCAGACCCAGAUCCAGCUACUGCUGCUUGGGGACCUGCUGGAGCAGCUGGACCACGGCCGCGCUGCGCUGGACUCCCUGCUUGAGUCGCCCGACCCUCGGCCCUUCCUGGCCGGCUGGGGGCUCGUGGAGCGGCGGCUGGCGGACCUGUCAGCCGUCAUGGACAGCUUCCUGGCCAUGAUGGUGCCGGGGCGUCUGCACAUCAAGCACCGCCUGGUGUCCGACGUUGGCGCCACCAAGAUCCCGCACAUCCGGCUCAUGUUGAGCACCAAGAUGCCCGUCAUGUUCGACCGCAAGGAGUCGGUGGCCUACCAGGACUGGGUCAGCCUGCGCUGGUUCGUCACCAUCCAGCCAGCCGUGCCCGAGCAGUUUGAGCUGCGCUUCAAGCUGCUGGACCCACGGACACAGCAGGAGUGCCUGCAGUGCGGCAUCAUCCCCGUGGCCGCCUGCACCUUCGACGUCCGGAACCUGCUGCCCAACCGCUCCUACAGGUUCACCGUCAAGCGGGCCGAGAGCUACACGCUGGUGUACGAGCCCUGGCGGGACAGCCUCACCCUGCAGACCAGGCCAGGGCGCCCCGAAGGGCCAGCCCCCAGUCGGCUGGGCAAGCCAGGCCUGCCCCUGACCACACCUUCCGAGAGAUGAUUUUCUGAUAUUUAUCCACUAAUAAAGAGGAAAAUAAACACA